AUGAGGAGCUGUCUUUCUAAAAGUUUGUCAGAAGACUUUGAAAAAUAUCUAGAAUUUGGGUACGGUUAUGAUGUAAAAAUAUACGUCGGGGAAUAUCAUGACCGGAGAAUAUUCAAUGCUCAUUCAAUUGUACUUGCGGCAAGAUCGCCUUAUUUCCGAAGCAUAAUUGAAGCCACAUCCCAAAGUCGUGGAAAUAUGAUAGAGUUUCAUAAGCCAAAGAUUUCACCAAAUGUAUUUUGGCCAUUGUUAAGAUUCCUUUACACUGGGGCUUUAGAUAUAUUCGACGCAAACAAAUCGUUAAGCGAUCCGGAUCUAACAUUUGAACUUAUUCUUGCUGCAAAUGAACUGGAGCUUACUGAAUUAGUAAUAUAUCUUCUAAACAUCCUUGUAAAUGAUCGAGCUGAAUGGUUAUAUGACCAUAUAGAAAGGAUUUAUGAACAAAGUUUUAUUCAUCCAUCAUUAAAAAUACUCAAUGAUUACUAUGAAGGUGUAUUUGAAAACAAUAUUGAGUUGAAGUUUCAAUCAAAAAAUUUCUCCCGAAUACCGAUAAAUGAGGUAAUUCUGUUGAUGUCCAAUGAUAAUCUCAGUGUGGACGAAAUAGAAGUCUGGAAGCAUAUAGUUAGAUGGUGUGUCGCACAGUUUUCAAAUCUCCCAAAAGAUCCCGAACAUUGGUCACAAAAGCAAUGUAAUGAUCUCAGGUCGAUGAUGGAAAAGUUGGUUCGUGUGAUUCGAUGGCCUUAUAUUUCUGGAGAUGAAUUCACUACGAAUGUUAUUCCAUAUGCUAAAAUUCUUCCAGGAAAAUUAUAUACAAAGUUAGCAAAGUAUUACGUGAAUCCAAGUGAAAACCCGAUAUUUCUCAACUCACCUAAACGUAUAAGAAAGCUACAAUCAAAAUUGGUAUCUACUAAGCACACGAAUCUCAUAUCACAAUGGAUCAGGGUUCAAGGUACAGGCUUCAUUUCGCAACAGACUAAAUACCACACUAGCAAAAUACAACAUAAUUACAACCUCCUUAUUCGUGGAAGUCGAGAUGGCUUCGGUAAAUCCGAUUUCCAGAGAGCAUGCCAAAACAAAGGUCCAACUAUUGCACUCUUCAAACUCGAAGGAUUAGAUUCAAUAGUUGGAGGGUAUAAUCCUUUUUCAUGGUCAACUUCUAACAAGCAUAGUGCUCAUAUGCAAAGAAGCUUUAUUUUUGCAUUCGACAACGACCACGAUAAUUCGAUAGAGACUGGGAAACUCAGUAAAUCAAAGAAUUAUAAAACCGGUCCUAUCGUAUCUAUCACCAACGAAGGUUUUAAGUUCGGGUUGGAUCUGACCUUGAAAUUUGCUGAUUCUCGCGAUCAAACAAAACCUACCCUAAAUUAUUGUAAUGUUGAGUACACUUUACUUGAUAAUAUCCAAAGAAAAAUCAAUAAUCCCAUGCAUAUAGAGGAUUACGAGAUAUUUUCGAUUCAUAAUAUUUCAACUUUUAGUUCGUUCUCUUCAUUGAAACGCAUUUUUGGAUAUUUCAUGUUACUUCUUCAAAAUUCUUACAUGCUUAUUUUUGAAAAUUUUCAAAGAUUCAAGAAACAUCUUUUAAAAUUCCAUGUCCUAAGAGAAAAGUUUAUCACAAAAUUUUUUUUGGAACAUAACACUCUGGAAAUUAUUUAUGGAAUUCUCGAAUCUAUGAAUACCUUCAUAAAAAGCAACGGUCCGAGUAUCGAAAGGUGGUGGAAUGCAAAUUUUAACUACCUGAAAGUUUUCAUGUUGGUUUUUUCUAGAUUUUUUAUUAUCCACAUUUGUUAUCUCGUGCUAUGGUACACUGGGCACUCUAUACUCCAUUCUGGUUACGAAAUUGGCUGGUUGCUUUCGAUCUGGAUCUGGAUAAUCAAUAUCGUUCGAAUCAUUGCAACCGUUUUACUUAUCGCUAAUACAAUUGCAAAAUUUCUUCCGCGGUUGUAUGAUGAUAUAAAAAGGAAUGCAGAUAUAUUUGUGGCAUUUGUGGUUUUAUAUAUUGGCUAUAUUAUUCUUUUGUAUGUAGGGUACCUUUUAUUCUAUUAUAAGUACAAAAGAUUUGAUAAUACUAAAGGUGACUGGCUGAUUUGGACCUGGAAUCGGACAAUUGAUGUUAGUUGGGCACUUUCGAAUUUCCUUUUGGUUAUGCGCAAAUUUCCGGGAUUAUAUAAUUAUGGCAAAUUCUUUAUUGCAAAGAAUGACACAUAUAUUAAAAGAUGGUGGACGGAAAAUAAUUACUUUUUGAGAAACUUUUUAUUGGUGCCCUUUGUGGUCUUUCGUGUUUGUUAUUUAGCAUUGUGGUAUUUUGGAUAUUUUUCUUUCCAUUCCAGAUACAAAAACAUUAGUGGAAAGAGUGAUACCAUUAAGGAUGGAUGGUUGUUGAGGACUUGGAUCUGGCUAAUUGAUAUUGGCUGGAUUUUCGCAAAAAUUUGGUUGACAAUUGGCAUAGUUUCAAAAUUUCUCCCGGCCUUAUAUGAUUAUAGUCUAGAAAAAAAUGUUUCAACUAUUAAGAAAUGUGUGAAUACCAACAGCUCCUAUUUGAUGAAUAUUUUGUCAAUACCUUUUUCUAGAUUCAUAGCCUUUCGUAUUAUUUAUUGUAUUUCAUGGGAUUUGGGGUAUUUUUUACUUAGUACUAAGCAAGAAAAUGAG